UUGUGUAACUUUUCUGAUUUCAGCUCUGACCUGCUCGCUUCCAUCCAUUAUUGAAGAGGAAUGUACUUUUUAAUUCAAAUUAAGUUAUUUUUGUAGACAUGAUGAUCUUGUCAAAUAAGACAUUACUGUAGAUCUUAAUAAACUCAAGGUAAAAACGCAGAUUUAUGCAAACGUUCUUCCAGAAGAGCCUUCUUUAUCACAGUAAAUAUUACAUUAUUGUUUUUUAAUUUCUAAUAAUCUGUCAUUUUUUUAACUUUAUUUUCUAAAGUUAGAAGCGUCUUUAAUUUGAUCACGUGGUCGCUCGUCUAUGUGUAUAACUCAUUCCUGUAUAAACAACUCUAGUUUUAUCAGGUGUUUUGUUGGUUGUUCGUGAUUUAGUGGCAGCAAUGAUGCAUUUUCCCACUGAAAAUUGUAGAGUGGCUCAUAGCUGCCACCUACUGGUCAUGACUUGGUAUUGGCGGCGUUAAUUCUCGCGAGACUUGCAGUUUUCACCGGACCAAAACAGGAACUGAGACAUGGCAUCGGUGUUCGGCGGAGUUGAGGGGGGAGGGACCCACUCCAAAGCGGUGCUGCUGACAGGAGAUGGAAGGAUUCUGGGUGAGGCGGUGGGGCCCUGCACCAACCACUGGCUGAUCGGAAAGGACAAAUGUAUUGAAACGAUUAACGAAAUGGUCGAGAAAGCCAAAACGAGUGCCGGACUGGACCCAAACGCACCGCUACGGUGUCUGGGAAUGUCUUUGAGUGGGGGUGAGCAGAAAGACGCCAUCGAAAAACUGAUCGCCGACAUGAAGGAGCGCUUCCCCAACCUCAGCGAGCAUUACUUCAUCACCACAGAUGCUGUCGGCGCCAUGGCGACAGCCAGCGAUCACGGAGGCAUUGUUCUGAUAUCUGGAACUGGCUCUAACUGCAAGUUGGUCAAUCCCGACGGCUCUCAGAAAGGGUGUGGAGGCUGGGGUCACAUGAUGGGCGAUGAAGGCUCAGCUUUCUGGAUCGCUCAUUUGGCUGUUAAGACGGUGUUUGAUGCCAGAGACAACCUAGCCCCGCCUCCCCAUGACAUCACACGUGUCCAAAAGGCCAUGGAGGAGUACUUUCAGGUGUCGGAUCUGAUGGGGAUGCUGCCACACCUUUACAGAGAUUUUAAAAAGUCCUACUUUGCAGGUUUCUGCAAGAAGUUGGCUGAAGGCGCGGAGGCCGGGGAUGCUCUGUGCCGGUACGUGUUCGCUCAGGCUGGAAGGGUCCUCGCUCGGCACGUGGAAGCCGUUCUGCCUGCAGCCCAGGAGAAAUUAGUAAGCGGCAGACUCGGCGUGCCAAUCCUUUGCGUGGGCUCUGUGUGGAAGAGUUGGGCUCUCCUGCAGCCGGGGUUCACAGAUGUCCUGGAUAAGGCUGCUUCCUCUGGACAGCUGAAGGCCCGUUUCCAUGGAUACAGCCUCCUGAGUUUGCAGCAUUCCUCAGCCCUUGGAGGGGCCAGUCUCGGGGCCCAGAGUUUAGGUGCCAGGAUCGAUUUGGAAUACGCCGCCAACGCAAAAGUCUUCUACCAGCACACCUUCAGCAGCAGCCAAAACCAAUAGAGGCAUUUCCAACCAUUCUGGUCUGUAAUAAAGUUCUUUAACACGACUAGAUUGCUCCGAAACGCUCUGUGAUUCAGUGAUUUUUUUUUAUCCUCUGUUUGACAUCUUUUUGAUGUUUUUAUACUCCCAACCAGAUGCUAUCAUUUUAAACAUUCCUGAUUUAUAAUAAAAAUGUGGAUUUUUAUCUGUAAAUGAAUGGCAAACCUCAUUGUUUGGUCUCUGCUUUCUCAAGAAUAAAAAUGAUAAAAACAGCUCAACAAGAG